AGAUCAGCACAAGCGGUGUGCCCACACGUGACCCGCACUAAUGACUAUUUAACAACUUCGAUACGGUAUGCGGAAUGAACAUCGUUACUAAGGCAACAGGACAGGAUGUGACGCAAGUUACUAUAGCAACAGUGAAGUUAUAGAAUUUGGCUGUUUCGCGCAAUCUAGUGAAUUUCAAUAAACAGAAAUCCAUAAGAAUGCUUUUUUCACCUGCCGGUGUGACUCCAUCAGGAGCCAAAGUACCUGAGUAUCAUAUGCCAACAAAUAAUUAUUUGUCUGGCGACUGGAAGUCCCAUAACUGGAGAGGUCCAGCAUAUUAUGUACCAAGUGAAAGAAGAUGGAUUGCAUACCAUAACUACAGGACUUUACCAGAUUUAAUCAAGAGAGACAGUAUGGACAUACAAUGUGAAGAUGAAUAUGUAGACUUUGUUCGAACAAGAGAUACUCCCUCAUGUUUUCGAUAUAGAAAUAUUGGCAUACUUCCAAGUAUACAUCCCCAUUUGAUGUUAAAUGGCUACAAACGGGAACUCUUGUAUUCUCAAACAGCAAACAAAUUUCACAUGGCACCGAUGCCAUGCAGACGUUAUUACGUAAACUAUCACGAUGUCUUAGAUGAAAAGCUUUACAGGCGACAUAAAGAUGUAUCUUCAAUUUUUAAAAUAGGGCCUUGCGAUGUACCCAAUUAUGGCCAUAUUCCAAACAUUGUUUCAGGGAAGACAAGCUUCACAGAAGAAAUUGAUCGGAAUAACCCUAUGUAUGAGAAUGUUUUUUGCACAGGAACACAGUACACUCAUCGCAUUGACAGGCCAUACCAUUAAGUUUCCAAAAUGAACAGAAACUCUUCUCGUUUCACUAAUUGUCUUGAGUCAACAAACAAUAAAAUAACAU